CGACUGGCGUGAACGUGGGGGAAACUCGAGAUUACAUGCUUUGGUUCUAAUAACUGAGUCUCAAUUCAGGCUUUGGUAAGUACGUAAUAAUUACAGAACCCAUCGACUGUAGUUGGGAGUCAUAAUUCAAAGACUUGAGACAAUGGUAAUUGUAGGUAUAAGCAGUUUUGCAUAUAAUAGCAGCAGAAAAUCUAAAUCGUGGAUUCGUCUUGCUCUCCUAGUGACUGUUGUCCAUUUAGUGUUAUUAGUGUUCAUUGCACAAACUAGUUCCAACAAGACACUAUUAGUAUUGGGUAAUUAUUAUGAAUGGUUUAAUAUUGGCGACAACAGCUCACAGUCAUUUGGAUCGUUUGGGACUGAAAACAUGCAAACACCUAGCCGUACCAGUUACAACAGUUCAACAAGAAGUGUGUCAUCAAGAACCGAAUGUUACAACAGAGUAUUAUACAACUCAUCGGAAAUGGUGUGUACACUUCGAACAGCGGCUUUAAAAAUAUUAGAUAGACAGACUAGUCCCUUUAAUAAAUUAGGCCUGUCAAGAUACUUGCCUAAUGGAAGUGCGUUUUUAGAAAUGAAAACAUACAAGUGGUGUGCAGUAAUCGGCAGUUCCUACUUCUUGCUGGGAUCUAAGUUAGGAAAGGAAAUAGAUUCACAUGAUGCAGUUCUGCGUUUCAAUGAUGCUUUAGUCACGGGAUUUGAAAGAGAUGUAGGCAGCAAAACAACAAUACGUUUAAUCAAUAGCCAAAUGCUUGUGAAGAAAAAAAAGAAUGCAUCGUUAUUAAAAGCAUUGAAUGUGAACAGCACAUUAUUUGUAUGGAAAGCCGGUGGUCGUGACGAAAAUCUAAUGAAGUGGUAUACUGUUUCAAAAGAUAUGUUCAAUAAUUAUAUUAAGUGGUGUAUCCAUCGACCAGAGCAGUGUCCUUACGUAAUCAACCCAUCAGUGCUAUGGAAAUGCUGGGACAUUAUUCAACGUUACACCAAGGAACGUAUGAAGAAUAUUGUGCCUACAACAGGAUUUACAGGAAUCCAUCUGAUGCAUCACAUAUGCGAGUCAAUUGAUGUGUAUGGCUACGUCACACCUACAAACACGAACUGCCACUAUUAUGACGUACAUAAAUGUCCUCGGUUGGCAUGGCACCCCGUAGAAGCAGAAAAGAAUUUCCUAAAGACACUUCAUGUGGGAAAUGAAAACGAUUUAUCUGUCAAGGGUAAACUAUCCUUGUACGGAUUUCAUCAUGACUGUGUAACAUGUUAAAAAGACGAACAUGACCUAUGAUGUAAUAAAAUAAUUUUGACCUAUGACGUAAUGAAA